ACUCGUUGAAAACGCCAUCCAGGUUAGAGAAGAUCCCAACUAUAUUGUAAACAAUAUAACCUAUCGCCCGGUGAUGAUAGAAAAGAAAAACGAAUAUAGGAAGCUUAUCGAGGUUGAGGGGUCUUAUGUGUCUCCAAUGGUUGAUCUAAUUCCUGGUGCCAUGUGCUCUAGGAAUCGCAUUGGAAGGUUUCAGAUGAUUGUACCCAAACAGUGGAGGUCUAACUUUCGUCCUGUUUGCUUUCAUUACGCCGGAACAGGCGACCAUUCCUAUUAUAGACGUCGUGUAUUUUUAGCGAACCAACUGCUUGAUGAUGGCAUAGCCUCAGUCAUCCUCAUGAACCCGUUUUAUGGGACACGAAUGCCUAUGGAUCAGAAAGGAUCUGCCCUUAAUUACCUUUCGGAUCUUUUUGUCAUGGGAGGUGCGUUAAUCCUGGAAUGCCAUACUCUUCUACAAUGGUGUCAAAAGCAAGGCUAUGGGCCUUUCGCUCUGCAUGGAAUUUCAAUGGGUGGCUACAUGGCGACCAUUUGUGCAACAACUGUACCAUUUCCUAUAUCACUCAUUCCCUGUCUUUCGUCAACAUCCGCCUCCGUUGUCUUUGUUAAAGGCGUCUUGAGCCACUCAGUAGAUUGGAAAACUCUUACAAAACAAUACGUCCAGGAUUCUUUCUACUCCAAAGUAUUAAGGCCUAAAAUUCAACCAUCCAUCCGACCGGACUUCGUGUUAAAAGCCAAAAAGCAGGCAGUUCCCUCUUCGUGGGAAUUGACUUCCGACGCAUCGGAAGGUGACAAACUCGCUGCUGAGCAACUGCUUGUCCAUCCUCCCAAAAACCAACGGACACCAGAUUACAUUAUUGACUUCCUCGGUUUGUAUCGGCAGCCAUUCUCGAACAUUUCAAAAUUACUGGCUUAUGUGAAAUCUCACAAUCGCCUGCAUUUGUAUUUUGACAAUCACAUCUGGGACAGCGCCAUGUCUGCCGUCCGCGCCGUUCCAAUGCCCUCUGUCUUUCCUGACAAACUAAGGUAUUACUUCUUUGAUGUCGACCUAUGUAAUAUACGACUUGUUAGUAGCCCGGAGAUUGUUGCUCACCUUACUGGUGUUGUACUGGUCGACCGCACCCCGUGUGAUCUGCCGUUUCGAAUCGCUCACUCUUGCGGAGUGGCCGUCUACUUUGUGUGCCGCGGACUAGAACUCGUCCCGGAAUAA